AGGAUUAAGAAAUAAUAAGACCUAAAAAUUAAGUAAUGAAAAUGAGAAAAGCAAAAAAUGGUUAAAGAUUAGAGUUAAAGAAGAGAGGAAGUGUGUAUUAAAUGCUCCGUCUGCAAUCCCCACCCACCUUCCCCCAAAAAGUUAUCUGCCCUAAUUUCCUUCCUUUCUCUUCUUUCUCUCUUCUUCUUCCUCACUAAUGGCUUCAACUCAAAUUCCUUCUUCUUUUUCACCAUUUCCAAAUCCUUCUCAUUCUCCAUGUCCUCCCCUUCUUCCACUUAUUCCUUCUCCAGGAUCGGCCUCGGCUACUCCAUUGCCAUAGCACUCGCCUUCCUCGUCCUCCUCUCCGCCCUUCUCCUCGCUUUCUACGUUUGCUGUCGCGCUUCCCGUUCCCGCCACCUCCGCCGCCCUCCACCUCCUCCUUCCCGCUCCGACACCGGCAUCAUUCUCCCCCAGAUCAUUUUCGUCGCUGAGGACGACGCCGCCCCAGAUCGCGACGAUGACAACGGGGUUGUGGGUCUUGACCAGUCCGUUAUUAACUCUUACCCUAAAUUCCCUUUCUCCAGAGAUAAAUCCAUGGCUGGAGCUAAUUGUGUCUGCUCUAUCUGUCUCUGUGAGUAUAAGGAUGCGGAGAUGUUGAGGAUGAUGCCUGAGUGUAGACACUACUUCCAUCUCUGUUGUAUCGAUGCUUGGUUGAAGCUUAAUGGUUCUUGUCCGGUUUGUCGGAAUUCGCCACUCCCGACUCCGCUUUCUACUCCUCUUCAAGAGGUUGUUCCACUCUCUCAAUACAUGGCGGAUCGGAGAAGGAGAUGACUCAUUCAUUGGUAUUGCAUCCAUUAGGUUCUUCUUUUACUUCUCUUCUCUUGAUUUUCAUAUUUCUCUGUUUGUUUUUGCCUGUUUUACUCUUAAGAAAUUGUAAAUUCUUUGGUUAGAUCCUUGGUAUUUUUUUUUUUAUUUCUUAUUCUGAAUGUUCUAGUAACUGUUCGACCCAUAGAUGAAAUUUUCGACUUACUUUUUGAUCAA